UACUUCCACAACAUCAACAACAAAGUUUCCUGCUGUAGCUCUGUGAAUGAGAGAGUCGCGUGUCGUUUCACUUCAUACCUCCCUGCAAUAUAGAUUAUGGUGCGCCUGUUGAUUAAGAAAGCUGAUGAAACCCAAUUCCUGUUUGAGACAACAGUGACUGUUGUAGUACAAGACCUUCUCAAUGAAUUGACAGAAAUUUAUAAUGCUAGACUUAAAGUUGAUAGGAUAUGCACAGAACUUGGUGAACUUGCAAAACAUGGCAUAUCGUUACCCCCAAAUAUGCAAGGCCUGGCUGAUGAACAGAUUGCUGAUUUGAAACUGAAAGAUGAAUGGGCAGAUAAAUGUAUUCCAAGUGGUGGCGCUAUUGUAAAUCUAGACCCAAUCGGAAGACGGAAUGGUCAAGCACCAAACGAGAAGAUGGCUGAUGUCAUUUCCAGAACUGUCAGUGAAGCCAAGAAGAUAAUAUCAAAUAAGCAAGCUUCAGCCAAUGUUUGCAUGACAAAGCAGAUGGUACAAGAUGCCUUGGAUCAGCUGCGUGGUGCCGUCAUGAUUGUCUAUCCUAUGGGACUACCUCCUCAUGACCCUAUCCAGAUGGAAAUUGAAAACCAGGAAGAUCUGCAAGGCCAACAGGCAUCCUUACAAGUUCUUGAAACACCAAAUACUUCACUCUGGUUCUCUGGAAAAGAAAUGAAAGGAGAUAAGAAACUGCAAGACUAUGUUGGAAAGAAUGAAAAAACAAAGAUUAUUGCAAAGUUACAGAAGAAGGGCCAAGGGCCUCCAGGGAGGGAGCGGAUAUUUUCAGAAGAGGAACAAAAGGCAAUGAUGGCCCAUGCAUACAAAAAGCAAGAAGAAUUCAAGAAACUAGAACAAGAUAACGAUGAUGCCUAUUUGAACUCCCAGUGGGCAGAUUCAAGUUCUUUAAAGAAGCAGUUCCACGGUUUAAAGAACAUCAAAUGGUGACAAAGUUUCAGCAAUCGACGGUGCAACGACACAUAGACACACGAUCAUAGACUCAGAGGAAUGACGGACCCAUAAACAGAUGGCAGACCCACAGACAAAUGACAGAACCAGAAACUAAUUUUAUUUUAUUUUAUUUGGAAUCUCUAAUAACACAUUCACAUAAAUAUACAUGUAUAAAUUAUUACAUUAAUUUAUUUAUUUAUUCACUAUAUUUGAAUAAGUAACCCUUGCAGAUUAAAUCAAAAUACAGGGGCCCGCUUAAAAAUUCAUAGUAUAAUACAAAUUUUAAAAUAUGUUACUUCUUUAAUGCACUUUUAACUUAAAAUACAGCAGUAAAUCUUGCCUUGAAUAAAAUAAACUGAAAAAAAGUCAAUGUCAAAUGAGUAAGGUCACAACAUUUAGUUUUUGACUAAUGAUUUUAUUUAUUGAAUUUUACCAAUACUGACAUAUAUAUAUAUAUAUAUAUACGGUAAAGUUGGAAUAUUAAGAAAGUGUAUGUCAAAAAAAUACUCUAAAAUACAUAAAGACUUAAGAUUGUUGAUGGUAAAUAUAAUUUUUUUUGGAGUGUUCACCGAAUUAUGAAAUAAUUCUGGUUUUUUUGAGAUGCAUAUCAUGAAUUUUGAGUGUUUCUAGCUUUGUGGAAGCGAUUUGGCGCAGUGGGAUCGGUUUGGUUUCUCCAACCUCGAGGUCGGGGUUUCAAUCUCUCACUGUGCAUUUUACUUGUGUCCUUAAGCAAGGCACCGUCUUUAUCUGCAUUGCUUCCCUCCACACAGGAGUAUAAAUGGGUACCUGGUCAGGUUGCCGGG